CGCUUUCAGUCGCCGGCUCGCGAGUUUGGGACGCAGACGAGGCUCUGGGUCGCAGGGCGAAGGUCGCGGGCCGGACCGCGCUCGGCCCCGCUCCCCAUGGCGCCCGCAGCGCUGUGGGCCGCGCUUGCCGUCGGACUGCAGCUCUGGGCGGCGGGGUUCGCCGUGCCCGCCCAGGAUAUGUUCAUGCCCUACGCACCGGAAUCUGGGACCAAGUGCCAGGUGAAAGAAUAUUAUGAGAAUACCGCUGGGAUGUGCUGCAGCUUGUGUCAACCUGGCCAGCAUGUGAAAGCCUUGUGCACCAAGACCUCGGACACCGUGUGUACCCCUUGCGAGGAGAGCACGUACACCCAGCUCUGGAACUGGCUCUACACGUGCUUAAGCUGCCGCUCCCCCUGCAGCUCUGACCAGGUGGAGAUUCAAGCAUGCACCCCACAGCAGAACCGCGUUUGCACCUGCAGGCCAGGUCAGUUCUGCAUUCUGGGGAGUCCGGACAGCUGCCGGCAGUGCAUACCUCUGCGCAAGUGUCCUCCUGGCUUUGGCGUGGUCAAACCAGGAACUGCGAGUUCAGAUGUGCAUUGCGCCCCCUGUGCCCCAGGCACUUUCUCCAACACCUUGUCUUCCACUGAAGUCUGCAGGCCCCACCGAAAAUGCAGCUCCGUGGCCAUCCCUGGGAAUGCAACUAUGGACGCAGCCUGUGCGUUUGUGUCCUCCACCCUGGAAGCAGCCCCGGGCCCAGCCCGCACGCCCUGGUCAGUGUCCCAGAGUGCAGAGCCGGCGGAGCCAACUCCAGGGCCCAGCACAGCUCCAAGCACGGCCUUGCUGCUCCCAGAGGGCCCCAAGCCCCCGACUGGAAAGAGCAAGAACGGCAUCUCCCUGCCAAUCGGACUGAUUGUGGGUCUGACGGCCCUGGGGCUGCUGGUCAUCGGACUGGUGAACUGUGUCAUCGUGACCCAGAGAAAAAAGAAGCUCUCCUGCCCACAUCGAGAAGGCAAGCGGCACCUGCCUGUGGAUAAGAUCCGGGGUGUGACAGGCCUGGAGCAGCAGCAGCUGCUCACUACUGCGCCCAGCUCCAGCAGUAACUCCCUGGAGAGCUCGGCCAGCACUGCCACCCUGGGCGCGGAGAAGCCCGAGGGGUCCGGGGAGACCCGGGGCACCUUCAGGAGCUCAGAGUCUCCCCCUGGUGGCCAUGGGACCCAGGUCAAUGUCACCUGCAUCGUGAACGUCUGCAGCAGCUCCGACCAUGGCUCGCAGUGCUCCUCCCAAGCCACGACGGAGGACCCCAAUGCCAGCCUUUCAGGAACCCCAGAGGACGAGCAGGUCCCCUUCUCCCAGGAGGAGCGCCCCUUUCAGUCCUGGCAGGAGACCCCGGAGACUCUGCUGCAAAGCCUGGAGAAACCUCUGCCUUUCUGCGUGCCGGACUCGGGCAUGAGGCUCAGUUAACGGGGCUGGGGUGGGCUGUGUCGCAGCUGGAGGGGGCUGAGUUCUGGCAGGGCCACUUGGCAGAGGUGCCCCGGUCCCCUGAGGCCCUCAUCCCCCAGGACUCUGGCUCCUUACGGGCCAGGUUACUACAGUCCUGGGGAAACUGCCAUCAUGAUCCAAGUCCUUCUUGGGAGGUGGCUGUCAUGAACCUGUGGGACCAGCCCUUAUUGUCUGGACCUGACCCCAGCUGGACCUGCACGCUUGUCUUCCAGAGCCCCUGGUGGCUUUGGUUUUUUUUUUUUACCCUGGGCUCUGACCUGAUUCUGGCUUUUCAGAGGCCUCAGCAUCCUCCCCUUCUGAGGGGCUUGCUGGGGAGGAGGGACGCUGUGUGUCACCCAUGGAGAAGGAACUGCACUUCCGCCCGGAUGCAGAGGCUGAAGGAUGGCCCCUGGGAGGGGAGGCCACCGGUCAGAGGGUUCUGUGGGGAGGAGGAAGUAGCAGUCCUGUAGGGGACACCGGUCCCUCAGAUCAGCUCAGGACUCUUGGAAGGUACCACCUCCAGACCACAUCUGGCUUGUUCUUUUGUACCUGGUGUGAAAAUCCAGUGCCCAGAGGGCCUAGGCAGGCAUCUUUACUCCAUGCUACAGUCAAGAUGGCAGACCUUGGACCUGGGAGGGGUGUGCCCCAGGAGUAGAACACGUGCUCAGUGUGCUCAGUGCUGUGGGUUCAAUCCCAGCCCAAAAAUGUGAGCACCAUGCAGGCCAACGAGGCAACAGAACCAGGGCACGGUGGCACACACCAGUAAUCCCAGCAUGGGAGGCUGAGGCAAGAAGGUUGCCAGGAGCUCAAGGCCAGCCUGAACUACAUAGCAAGACCCUGUUUUGGAAAAACCAAAAAACCCCAACCAAACCAGCCCCCCUCUGGUGCCCUCGGCACCCUCUGCCUUUGACUUUCACUCCAGUGUACCCACUGCCCCCUCGGCCCCACUGGUGAACGUCUCCAAGGCCAUGCCAGGGGACUUCAGAACCAAGGAGGUCCCAGGCCUCUGCGGCCACCUUCUCCUACCUCAGCCUGGACCUGCUUGCAACCUAUGAGGGUUGAGCUUCCUCCCACCCCAACACCCAGUCCCAGGGCAGCCGGGGAGCCGUUUUGGUACUGUGCCUACGGCGAUGCCCAGCGGAUGUGAAAAUCCAAGUGCCAGGCAUUUGUGUCUGUUGUGUGUCCUGGGGUGUGCACAGUGGUGCCACCCUGAAGCUGCUAAAGCCAGUUCUUCGCCACUGGCCAGGCAGGAGCGUGCGCAGCAGUGACCAGAUUUCAGAAGGAAGGGGUUGGGGAUGCCUGGAGAAGCCCGUUCAGUCUCAGGUACUUGGAUCCUUGUUGAUAUAUUCCACUGGACUUGAACUUGGCAGCUGAACUAUUGGGGGGGAGGAGAGCCUUCCCGUGACCACGGAGACCAGAAGGGCUUCCUGCCGGGGAAUCGAGGUGUUGACCGCCCAGUCGACUGGGUCUCUGCCCGCCUGGACCCUGGGCAGCGAUGGAGCGCGUCUGCCCCCUGGUGGACGGUCCUGGGAGCCCCGAACUGGAAGGACUCGGGGUGACCUCCGUUCCCCUGCUUGUGCUGAUCCCAGAUGUUGAGAGUUUGCACUGUUUGCAGGGCAGCAUUCCUAGUUAGUAAUAAAUCUUGUUUGUUUUACACGUUGA